GAUGGCGUUAGUGGUUUUGUGUGUUCUACUGUGAGUGCAGGGAGCUGAGCAGGGAGCAUGGACAAGCUGGAAAAUCAUGACAUGAAUACAGUGACCUAUGAUGAUGUGCAUGUCGACUUCAAUUGGGAAGAAUGGACUUUGCUGGAUCCUUCCCAGAAGAAUCUCUACAAAGAUGUGAUGGUGGAGACCUACAGAAACCUCACUACUAUAGGAUACAGUUGGGAAGACCAUAAUGUUGAAGAGCAUUGUCAAAGUUCUAGAAGACAUGAAAGGCAUGAAAAAAGUCAAAUUAGAGAGAAAACUUCUGCAUAUACUCAAUGUAUUAAAGCCAUUACAUGUGACAGUCAUCUUCACAUGCCUGAAAAAACACCUACUAGAUUAAAACCCUAUAAAGGAAAUGAGUGUGGUCAAGCCUUUUCACAUCACAGUCAUCUUCAAAUGAGCAGUGCAGAAGUAGCAACUCUUCACCAGAGACUGCAACAUUUCUGCAAGUUUCCCAUUAACUCCAGUGAAGCAGAGAAGUAA